AUGCUUUCUAGAACACUACGGUUGACGAAUAAUGGAAUUCGCCCAUGCAUUCGCCAGUUGAGCUCGCUGAACUUCUUUCCUACACGCUCUGGCACCAGCUUAUAUUUGAAGCCCAAAUUUGCGGCAUACUCUCAUAAGCCACACCUUCAACAGAGUGGUAUACGGUUUUACACCAGUAAAAACGCAGCUGCUGGUAAGGAGAAGAAUAAUGAUGGGGAAAUUGAGAAAAAGGACUCAUCCUCUUAUCUAUUCGGGAGACAAAUCUCGACGUCGCAAAUAAAAAUGCUUUCAUCCCUUCUAGCCACUAUCUGGCCAAAAAACAAGCCCAGCUUCAAGGUCAGAGUCGUUGUAGCUUUGCUGUUGUUGAUUGGGUCAAAGUUAUUGAAUGUUCAAGUGCCAUUUUUCUUCAAAAGCAUAAUUGAUGAAAUGAAUGUGGAUUGGCUAAGUGACGUUGGAAAUAUAGGAACUGUCAUGGGUGCGAUGAUCUUAGCCUACGGUGGCGCUCGCUUUGGUGCUGUGCUUUUUGGUGAACUAAGGAAUGCUGUUUUUGCACUGGUGUCACAGCUGGCAAUCAAACGUGUUGCCAAUAAUACAUUCAAACACUUGCUUGAUAUGGAUCUUCAAUUCCAUUUACUGCGACAAACAGGCGGCCUUACAAGAGCGAUCGAUCGAGGAACUAAAGGUAUCAGCUAUGUACUUAGCGCAAUGGUAUUUCACAUUAUUCCAAUCACUUUUGAAAUCACCAUGGUAUGUGGUAUAUUGACAUAUAAUUAUGGUGCCUCCUUUGCCGCAGUCACACUUUUGACAAUGGCCACAUAUUCCAUCUUUACUAUAAAAACAACUGCAUGGAGAACAGGGUUCCGUCGUCAAGCAAACAAUGCCGAUAACCAAGCGGCUUCUGUUGCGCUUGAUUCCUUAAUAAAUUAUGAAGCAGUGAAAUAUUUCAACAAUGAACUGCAUCAAUGCUACAAAUAUGACCAAGCCCUCACUAAGUACCAAAAUGCGUCCAUCAAAGUUGCUACCUCUCUUGCAUUUUUAAAUGCUGGACAAAACCUUAUUUUCACUCUGGCCUUGACCGCAAUGAUGUACAUGGGUUGUCAAGGAGUUGCAACCGGAGCUUUGAGUGUUGGGGAUUUAGUUUUGAUUAACCAAUUGGUUUUCCAGUUGCUGGUACCUCUCAAUUUCUUAGGAUCUGUUUAUCGUGAACUCAAACAAUCAUUGCUCGACAUGGAGAACUUAUUCCAGCUUCAAAAUUACGAUAUCAAAGUAAAGGAAGUUCCAAAUGCUCCCGAAUUGAUUCUUAACCCUAUUGCUCCAGGAGAGAUCAAGUUCGAGAACGUCAGCUUUGGAUAUCAUCCAGACAGACUAAUCCUCAAGAACGUAUCUUUCACUAUUCCAUCAGGACAGAAGCUGGCGAUUGUGGGCCCAUCGGGCCUGGGAAAGUCAACCAUCUUGAAGCUUGUUUUCCGUUUCUACGAUGUGACGUCGGGUCGUAUCUUGAUUGAUGGACAAGAUAUCUCUAAAGUCAGCCUCGAAUCAUUGAGAAAAGCAGUUAGUGUUGUACCCCAAGAAACGCCUCUUUUCAAUGACACGAUUUUGGAGAACAUCCGCUAUGGAAGAUUGAGUGCAUCCAACAAAGAAAUAAUGGAUGCAAUCGAACAGGUGAAACUCAAGAAGCUUAUCGAAGAGCUUCCACUUGGCGUGGACACCAUUGUUGGCGAGAGAGGUCUAAUGAUAUCCGGAGGAGAAAAACAGAGAUUAGCCAUUGCACGUUUACUUUUGAAGCAUUCACCUAUUACCUUUUUCGAUGAAGCUACAAGCGCACUUGAUACGCAUACAGAGCAAUCCUUGCUACGUACUUUGCGUACGGUGUUCAAAGACUCCCAUUCGACCAAUGUUCUGAUAGCUCAUCGACUUCGCACAAUUGCGGACAGUGACAAGAUUAUUGUGUUGAAGAAGGGUACAGUGCACGAAGAAGGAACGCAUCAAGAAUUACUCAGCAAGCCAGACUCGCUUUACAAUGAAUUAUGGAAUAUUCAAGAAAAUUUGAAUAUUGAGGAGGAGUUACUUUUGUCAGAUAAGGAGGAAACAAAGCCGAGCGCAAAUAGUAGCCUGUUUUAG